CAUGGAGAUGGUUCAAGGCCUGUAUGGCUUCAAGCUGCUGAGUCAGCGUACAGGUUUUUUCUUGGCUCUAUUGCUGGAGCUACGGGAGCAACAGCUGUGUACCCCAUUGAUUUGGUAAAGACUCGUAUGCAGAAUCAGAGGUCAACAGGGUCAUUUGUUGGAGAGCUGAUGUACAAAAACAGCUUCGACUGUGCAAAGAAGGUGCUGCGUUAUGAAGGAUUCUUUGGCUUCUACAGAGGUCUUGUUCCACAGCUUAUAGGUGUGGCACCAGAGAAAGCCAUCAAACUCACGGUAAAUGAUUUUGUGAGAGAAUUCACAGAAAAGGAUGACUCCAUUCCUUUAUUUGCUGAGAUUAUGGCUGGAGGAUGUGCUGGUGGCUCUCAGGUUAUCUUCACCAAUCCUCUUGAGAUUGUGAAGAUUCGCCUGCAGGUGGCAGGAGAGAUCACCACUGGUCCACGAGUCAGUGCACUGAGCGUGGUUCGAGAUCUUGGAUUCUUUGGGUUGUACAAGGGGGCUAAAGCAUGUUUGAGAGAUAUUCCUUUUUCAGCCAUCUAUUUCCCUGUGUAUGCACAUACCAAGACCUACAUGGCAGAUGAGCAGGGCAGGCUGGGCCCAUUGCAGCUGUUAACAUCAGGAGCUAUCGCAGGUAUCCCUGCUGCCUCUUUGGUAACGCCUGCUGAUGUAAUCAAGACUCGCCUGCAGGUGGCAGCGCGGGCCGGACAGACGACCUACAAUGGUGUUGUGGACUGCUUCUGGAAAAUCUUGAAAGAAGAAGGCUUCAGGGCUUUGUGGAAGGGAGCAGGAGCUCGCAUGUGUCGAUCUUCACCGCAGUUUGGUGUGACUCUGGUGACCUAUGAACUCCUGCAGAGGUGGUUCUACAUUGACUUUGGUGACAGUAAUCGCCCAGCAGGAUCUGAGCCUACUCAAUCUCGGAUUUCAGAGCUCCCGCCCAUUAACGCGGAUCACAUUGGAGGGUACCGCCUGGCUGCCGCCACAUUUGCAGGAGUGGAGAACAAAUUUGGACUCCAUCUCCCCAAAUUUAAAUCCUCUGGUGUAGUCUCUAUACAUCACUCAGAGCCACCUGCUGCUCCGGCUCAGGGACCAUAGCUAGUUUAAUAUCAUAACAUUUUCAUUUCCUGUUCCCAUACCAAGAGAUGACGUAACACAAAGAAUACGCACAAUAAAAUACACUCCACAAAUGAGGCUU